GCUUGAAAAGAUCCUAAGUCAAUACUUUACUCAUAGGGGUGAAGGAAACCUAUCAAACCUGUUUAGAAAAUGACCAGGCUUUCAGUCUGCGUAAAGCUGUUGGAACGAGGGAGCAAAGGUAAAGAAUGAUGUAAUGCGUGGCUGCCCCAAAGCAUCUUUUGUUGUGGAAUGGUUAUUCCAGUCAUCUCUUUAUGAAUCAAAUGUGAGGGGCUGCUUUGUGGGAGGAGUCCUUUGCAAGUGCACAUCAGCAGGAAAGAGAAAGAGACACUCACUUGGACAGCUUUUGCUGAAAAUGGGUUUAACUCCCUUUUUGCCAGUCACCACCAGCCUGACCUCAUACAUUUCUAGUACAAUGGGGUGGCUGAGCCUCUGAGCACACCACCAUUACAUCAUCGUGGCAAGUUACAGAAGGAGGUGGGAAAAGAGGACUCACUGUUGUCAUGGCCCAUGAGAUGAUUGGAACUCAAAUCCUUACUGAGAGGUUGGUGGCUCUGCUGGAAAGUGGAACGGAGAAAGUGCUGCUAAUUGACAGCCGGCCUUUUGUGGAAUACAAUACAUCCCACAUUUUGGAAGCCAUUAAUAUCAACUGCUCCAAGCUUAUGAAGCGAAGGUUGCAACAAGACAAAGUGUUAAUUACAGAGCUCAUCCAGCAUUCAGCAAAACAGAAGAUCGACAUCGAUUGUAGCCAGAAGGUUGUCGUUUAUGACCAAAGCUCGCAAGAUGUUGCCUCUCUAUCUUCAGACUGUUUUCUCACUGUACUCCUGGGUAAACUGGAGAAGAGCUUCACCUCUGUACACCUGCUUGCAGGUGGGUUUGCAGAGUUCUCCCGGUGUUUCCCUGGCCUCUGUGAAGGAAAGUCCGCUCUAGUCCCUACCUGCAUUUCUCAGCCCUGCCUUCCUGUCGCCAACAUCGGACCAACCCGAAUUCUCCCCAAUCUUUACCUGGGCUGCCAGCGAGAUGUCCUCAACAAGGAGCUGAUGCAACAGAACGGGAUUGGCUAUGUGCUGAACGCCAGCAAUACCUGCCCAAAGCCGGACUUCAUCCCCGAGUCUCAUUUCCUGCGCGUGCCUGUGAAUGACAGCUUUUGUGAGAAGAUCUUGCCCUGGCUGGACCGAUCAGUGGAUUUUAUUGAAAAGGCAAAGGCCUCCAACGGGUGUGUGCUCGUGCACUGCUUGGCCGGGAUCUCACGCUCCGCCACCAUCGCCAUUGCCUACAUCAUGAAGAGGAUGGGUAUGUCCUUAGAUGAAGCUUACAGAUUUGUGAAAGAAAAAAGACCUACAAUUUCUCCAAACUUCAAUUUUCUGGGCCAACUCCUGGACUAUGAGAUGAAGAUUAAGAAGCAGACUGGAGCCUCAGGGCCAAAAAGCAAACUCAGGCCUGUCCCUGCCGUCUCAGAGGGUGCACAGAAGAGCGAGCGGUCCCUCAGUCCACCCUGUGCCCCCUCUGCUACCUCGGAGGCAGCGGGACAGAGGCCUGUGCAGCCUGCCAGUCUGCCCAGCAUACAGCCCGCCCUGCUGGAGGACAGCGCGCUGGUCCAGGCGCUCAAUGGGCUCCACCUGUCCUCAGACAAGCUGGAAGACAGCAGUAAGCUCAAGCGUUCCUUCUCCCUGGAUAUCAAGUCCGUGUCGUACUCCGCCAGCGUGGCAGCAUCCUUGCAUGGCUUCGCCGCCUCGGAGGAUGCUCUCGAGUACUACAAGCCUCCCGGUGCUUUGGAUGGGACCAGCAAACUCUGCCAGUUCUCCCCAGUCCAGGAAGUCUCGGAGCAGACUCCAGAAACCAGCCCAGACAAGGAGGACGCCAACAUCCUCAAGAAGCCCCAGGCACCCAGGCCUUCAGAGAGCCAGAGCAAGCGCCUGCACUCGGUGAGAGCCAGCAGCAGCGGUGCCUCCCAAAGGGCUGCCUGCUCCCCACUGCACCGGAGUGGGAGCGUGGAGGACAACUCCCACGCCAACUUCCUCUUUGGCCUUUCCACCAGCCAGCAACACCUCGCUAAGUCCGCCGCUGGGCUGGGCCUCAAGGGCUGGCACUCCGAUAUCUUGGCUCCCCAGCCCUCUACUCCUGCCUUGACCAGCGGCUGGUAUUUUGCCACAGAGCCCUCUCACUUCUACUCCGCCUCGGCCAUCUAUGGAGGCAAGACCUGCUACUCGGCCUACAGCUGCAGCCAGCUGCCCACUUGCAGUGACCAACUCUUCUCUGUGCGCAGGCGGCAAAAGCCAAGUGACAGAGCCGACUCCCGGCGGAGCUGGCACGAAGAGAGCCCCUUUGAGAAGCAGUUUAAACGCCGAAGCUGCCAGAUGGAAUUCGGAGAGGGCAUCAUGUCGGAGAGCAGGUCACGGGAAGAACUGGGGAAAGUGGGCAGUCAGCCUAGCUUUUCAGGCAGCAUGGAGAUCAUCGAGGUUUCCUGAGAAGAACGAACAGCACCUGGCACUUGUAGGGACUGUGUGUUUGCGAGAUUCCCGGUAAAUCUGAAAUAGAUAUAUGUGUGUACCGACCUAUUUUUUGGAAAAUGGAGCUCUGGUGUCAAAGCAAAAGAUGGAUCCCCACAGUUGGUGUUGCUAAAUGUCUGCACUCUGGGAGAUGGACCAGCUAACCUCUCUCGGCAAGUGUGGGAAGGGCAGAUCGAGGAGAUUUACCCCUAGACCGAUGAAGGGUAGUUUUAUGCAAGGAAUUGCUUAUCCUCGUGUGUGUGUGUGUGUGUGUGUGUGUGUGUGUGUGUGUGUGUACAUACACACACACAAGGUGUUGUUUGUUUUGUCUUGUGUUUGUGGUGUUCAAGGACAGAACCCCUGCCAUUUUUGUGUUGUGCUACAAAGAGGUCUCAAUACUUGUCCAGUCCCUUCCACAGUGCACCUUAGCGCUGAGACUGAGCCAGCCUGUGGGUCAGCUGUGACCCUGUUAGGGACAGAAACUUAACGGUAAAGCCAAAAGGAAUGGUGGCAUCGGAAGCUGGUCCACAGACGCCAGCUUGCAGAGAGCGACACAGGCGUCGUGCUCUGGACAGACCGUUAGGGGACUCGCCAUGAUUGACUUCGAGCAUAGCCAGUACCUCAGACAGUAAGGAUGGGGUUCCCCACUCCCCCGUCCGGGAGCCCGCUAUGUAAGCAUUGGGAACAGGGAGGUAGCUAGUCAUACUUUUCAGCCCAAUCCCAAGUGUUGAUGCACAAAAUUCCAGUUGGGCCUAGAUGGAGACUGUACCUGCCUUUUUGGUGUGUUUUCUUUCCACCAUCCUCUCAGCUUUACGAAAAGACGAGGGAGACCAUCUAGGGUUCAAUCGAACAGCCAGGAACCAGGAAACAGCUGAAACUGGGGCCUAAAUAGGCCUCCCUCCCUCUGUAGAAAUCAAAGACUUGUUUAAAAUGGGACGGUUGGUCCCUUACAUAGAGAUGAACUGGUUUUCCAGCCAAAUGUGAAUUUCCUGGGCGUGCAGCAGAGCAGCGGCGCCUUUGAGACCUCAGCCAGAGUCCAGGUUCCCAUUUCUGUGUCACGGCCAGGAUGCACCUUGUGGACAUGCUACCUGUAAGGCAGCAUUUUACCGAAAACCACUACAGGGAGAAAGUUGGCAGGAAGAUAGAUCAAGGGGAGUAAAGAUGCUGAGAACGGGCUCCCAAGGAGAGGCAGCAGGGACCUGUUAGGGUUCUCUCUCUCUCUCCCUCUCUGUUUUCCUCUCCCCUCGGCCUGUAAGGAGGGUGGUGUUUCUAGAAUUUCCUCAGUCUUUGCCAGGGCUGGGAGACUUCAUUAAGUAAGGAAUAUUCAAAGUGAUGAACGAGCCGGUCUUGUUCGGUGAUGUUGCUUCGUGGCUGAUGGGAGUUGAAAAGCGUUGUCAUGAGCCACCUCCAGCCUCUCUGCAGUCGAAGGGACCACGGGCCCUCGCAGCCUGGGAGCUCCCCUCACUGGGUGGACCCCGCGUGGCCCCUGGCGCUGCGGGGUGAUUGGAACUAGUCCGCAGGGCGCGUCCAUGUCUGCUCUUAAAUUUCCUGGCUCGGGUUUUGUCAACGCCUGGGCCUCCUGGAAGCCUUACUGACGCCACCAGUGUUUGGGGCUCUGCGGGGUGGGGCGGGUUGUCCCUGUUCUUUACUGUAAGGGUAGCUAGUUGCUGACUUAUAUCUCAGGUUUUUCGAUGUUUGAGACAUGGACCGCGCUUUGACUAGGCGGUGACUUGGCGUUUCCUGUGGUGACGGCGAAGCCCCGCUUGGAAUGACGUGAUUCAGCACUGCCUGACUGGGUCACCAGGAGGAUGUGCUCCAUGGACAGGGCUGGUCUCGCACACACAGCGCGCUGCCCCGGGGGUCGAGGAGACAGAGGCAAUGCACUGUGAGCCGAGGGACAGCCCUGCGGAGUCAUCGGAGUUCGUUCCCAUAGAAGCAUGUGUUGCAGCUGUCAGUCUUCGAUGUAAUCCGACCUUCUCAGGCCUCACGCAGCCCUUUUUGAUGUGUCACUUGGUGUCACAGCUCUGUGCCCCCAGAGCCUGGUCCCGACGGGCAGACACGAUGGAAGCGGUAGCUCCAGCGGUAUGUUUGCAGGAGGGCUGGGGACCCGGGUGUGGACGAGAGAGCACUCCUCUCAGCAGAAAGCUGCCUCCCGUCAUUGGAGGCUUCCUGGGGCCUAUCGUUGUGAUGCAGUCACACAGGACAGCCUUUCGUUCUUGAUUGCUAACGUCAGAUCAUCAAUUCCUGGAAUCGAGACUGCCCUGCCAAGCAGGGGGCAGCGUGGAGGCAGGCCUGGGUGGCCUGGCUGCCGGGUGGCUGGCCCUCCUCCACAUGCAAUCGUCGGGGAAGCCCCGAGUCUGCAAGGACAAUAUGGACGGUGAUUUUAAAGCGCAAACCUAGACUUUUCUGUGAGAAAUGCUGGGAGGUGAUGUGGGACACUAAAGCUGGGUGGGAGGACUGUAUAAAUGUGUUAUAUGCCUUUGGUGACUUUUGGUGUAAGGCAAGCUGUUGAAUGGUUCAGUUGUGCAUUUCUUAUUUUGAUGUGUCAUGUAUGUUAAUAUAAUGAAAUAAAGUCAAAACUGGUACCUGUUUAUACAUAAA